AUGGCUGCUUAUCAGGAGAAUGCCUGUCAUCUCUUUAAGCUCCCGGCGGAGCUCCGCAACCAAAUCUUUGAGCUCGUGUUCGCCGGAGACACAUUGGAGGACGGGAGCAUCUUCGACCUCAGUCCACUGAAGUGCGAUUUGAUGCUCACGUGCCACGAGAUCUACCAUGAGUCCUUGAAGCUAUACGAAGCUACUGUACAUCGGUACUGGACAACCACCACCUUCACCCUCAAUGCUCAAGCCUCCAAAGCAGAAUUCGAGUCAGCAUUGGCGGAACUCAACGACGCCACACUAGCGAAGAUGAGGAAGGCCGAGCUCCACACCGACCUCAACCGACUUCUCAGUCGCGGUCGGUGCUCUCAACGUUAUCGCUUCCACCAUGUAUACGCUAGCCGCCAGCGUCUUCGAGGUAAUACAUACUCAGUCGACUUCCAGCGAUGCGCGCGCCGGAAGUGGGUUCCAGUGAGACCUGCACUAGCUCACAUGGCACCGAAUGACCAUGCGGUACUCGAUCGGCCUCCGGAAUCGUAUAUCAUAAGUGAUCGCGUUGCGUACGAGGACGGCCGCACAAGGCGGGAAUGGUAUGUGCUGAUGGAUGUGGACUUGUUCGUGCCCGAGGUUACGCUUGAUACCGAGCAUGAUGGUGAGUUGGUUCCAGUGACGAAGAAGGAAUUGUGGGCUUUAUUGGGUUGGGGCGUGACAAGGUCUUUGGGUGAUGGCGGAACUUUCGUUCUUUGUCUGUAA